UGGGAGUCUAGCAUUAGAUCUUGCUGUCACAGGUAUUUGAGUGCCGAUCCAAUAUGGAUAAACUGACUGCAUCAUGGGUUACAAUCAAGGAACUCCACUGAGCCAGGAUUGAGGUUUAGCCACCCGGGCGACGGGACUCUCGGGGAAUAGUUCAGAUCCCGGCCUCACAUGGAGUCCCGAACGGAUAUAGCCUGACAAUCUCCUGCGUUCCUUGUGCCAGCACGCUGUCCGGGCGGGCCAGCAUCUUCAAUCGCAGGAAACACAGAGCCUAAUCCUUGCCCAUGGGGCCCUUGCCAUACAUCCUCAUAGCUGCCGCGCUCGGCAGCGCCGCCGCCAUCCCCCUGGAACCCCGGCAAGGCAGCAACAGCACAAUCCAAUGCGCGCCAGUCCCCUCCCCCUUCCCAAGCUGGCAGCAACUCCCACAGCAAUCCACCCUACCCGACCCUUUCCUGCCGCUCAAGUACACCACACCAGACAAUGCGCGGGACGCGAUGGCGGGCAGGGGCCAGGGGCGGGUACAGACACGCGACGAGUGGUACCAGUGCCGGCAGCCCGAGAUCGUGCAGAUGCUGCAGGAGUACCAGUACGGCUAUUACCCGGACCCGAGCGAGGAGAAAGUGGCGGCCACGCGGAGCGGCGGCAACACGCUCAACAUCGAGGUGACGGGUCCCGGAGGCAAGACGGGCCGGUUCAAAGCGACCAUCACGCUGCCGUCCGGCGCGUCGCCGGCCAAGCCUGCGCCGGUCGUGAUCAAUAUCGGGGGCAUGCAGAAUCAGCCGUAUCUGAGCGCGGGAAUUGCGAUUGCGCAGUUUGAUUAUACCUCGGUUGCGCCGGAUAGCAAUGCGAAGACGGGGGCAUUCUGGAUUAUCUACAAAGGGAGGGAUAUUGGGGUGUUGACAGCGUGGGCCUGGGGUUUCCACCGCACGCUCGACGCCAUCAACAUGACGGUGCCCGAGAUCGACGCGACGCGCGUCGGUGUGACGGGCUGCUCGCGGUUGGGCAAGGCGGCGUUGGCAGCUGGGCUGUUCGACAAGCGCAUCACGCUGACAAUGCCCAUGUCAUCCGGGGUGCAAGGGCUGGGUCCGUAUCGGUACUACAGCAUGAGCGGCCAGGGCGAGAACCUCGAGAACAGCAAGCAGGGCGCCGGCUGGUGGACCAACAGCAGGCUGGGCACUUUUGUCAACCACGCCGAGAACCUGCCGUACGACGCGCACACCAUCGCGGCGGCCAUCGCGCCCAGGGCGCUCGUCAUGGACCAAGGCACGGGCGACCAGUUCGUCAACAGCAAGGGCACUGCUGUUGUUAUUUACCCGGCGGCCAAAGUCGUCUAUGACUGGCUCGGCGUGGGAGACAAGAUCGCCAUCAGCGUGCGCGGGGGCGGGCACUGCGACAUGAGCGGGUUCACCUCGAUCCUGCCAUACGUCCAAAAGAUCUUCUUUGGCACGCCGACGACCAAAGACUUCAACAGCCUGGGCUCGUAUGGGUCGCCCGUGUCGACGGCGUUCCCGUGGGCGACGGCAGUUCCAAAGGCAUAA